AGAGCUUGGGAAAGAAACUAAGAUUGGUACUAACACUCGUCAUUUAUCAUUUAGUGAGUUCAGUGAUCCAAUCUUGGAAAGCUUUGAUAUUUUUCGUCGAGCAAACCAUCUUAGAACAUUUUUGACAAUCAAUAUUAGACCUCCUCCAUUCAACAAUGAAAAGGCAUCAUGCAUCGUUUUGUCGAAUUUAAAGUGCUUGAGAGUUUUGUCAUUUCACAACUCUCCAUAUUUUGAUGCAUUGCCAGAUUCAAUUGAUGAAUUAAUCCAUUUGCGUUAUUUAAAUCUCUCUUCCACAACUAUAAAGACGCUACCAGAGUCAUUGUGUAAUUUGUAUAAUGCAAACGUUGAAGUUGUGCAAUUGUAAACAACUAUCCAAGCUUCCCAAUGACAUGCAAAAUCUUGUAAAUUUGCGCCAUCUUAAUAUCAUUGGAACUAGUUUAGAACAGAUGCCUAGAAAAAUGAGAAAAUUAAAUCAUUUGCAGCAUUUAAGUUACUUUGUUGUGGACAAGCAUGAAGAGAAAGGGAUCAAGGAACUCAUAACACUUUCAAAUCUUCACGGAUCACUUUUCAUUAAGAAAUUAGAGAAUGUUAACAACGGCUUUGAAGCAUCAGAGGCAAAGAUAAUGGAUAAGGAGUACCUUGAUGAGUUAUGGUUUUUAUGGUCUCAGGAUGCAAAGGACCAUUUUACAAAUUCACAAAGUGAAAUGGAUAUACUUUGCAAAUUACAGCCUUCCAAGAAUCUGGUUCGGUUAUUUUUGACUGGUUGUUCAAAUUGUUGUAUCAUUCCACCACUUGGACAACUGCAGACUCUCAAAUACUUGGCGAUUGCUGAUAUGUGUAUGCUGGAAACUGUUGGAUCUGAAUAUGGUGAUACCUUUUCAGGGACAUCUUUUCCCUCCCUUGAGCAUCUAGAGUUUGAUGAUAUACCAUGUUGGCAAGUGUGGCAUCAUCCCCAUGAUUCAUAUGCUUCUUUUCCUGUAUCAAAGUCCCUUGUGAUUUGUAACUGUCCUAGGACUACGGGGAAAUUUGCCCUCUUAUCUUCCUGCUUUGGAAACUAUUCAAAUUGAGCAAUGCGGCCAACUUUCUUCUUCUCUCCCAAGGGCUUCUUCCAUACACACAAUAGAAAUAUGUGAUAGCAAUAACGUAGCUUUGCAUGAGUUACCCCUUUCAUUGAAAGAGUUGAGAAUUCAAGGAAAAGAGGUGACGAAGUUCGUCUUUUAAGCCAUUUCCAUUGCCCCCUUAAGUUCUCUUCAAACUUUAGAUAUCAGGGAUUGUUCGUUUGAGAUAUCAUUUCCAGGAGAUUGUUUACCCGCAUCCUUAAAGAGUUUGUCCAUCGUGGAUUGUAGAAAUCUAGGUUUCCCACAGCAGAACCGCCAACACGAAUCACUUCGGUAUUUAAGUAUAGAUAGGAGUUGUAAAUCUCUCACAACCCUCAGUCUAGAAACCCUUCCGAAUCUAUAUCAUCUCAAUAUCAGAAACUGUGGAAACAUAAAGUGUCUUUCUAUUUCGAAUAUUCUUCAAAAUCUCGUUACAAUUACAAUUAAGGACUGCCCCAAUUUUGUAUCAUUCCCAGGAGCAGGACUGCCUGCGCCCAACUUGACAUCAUUGUAUGUCUCCCAUUAUGUUAAUUUAAAAGCACUCCCUUGCCAUGUAAAUACUCUUCUCCCAAACUUACAAAGGAUAAGUGUAAGUCAUUGCCCAGAAAUUGAGGUGUUUCCUGAAGGGGGUAUGCCACCUAGCUUGAGAAGACUUUGUGUUGUGAAUUGUGAGAAAUUAUUGAGGUGUUCAUCUCUAACUUCAAUGGACAUGCUUAUCAGUCUUAAAUUGAAGGUCCGUAUGAUGGUGUCGAGUCCUUCCCCGAGAAGGUUUUUGCAUUUCUGCCUCCCUCCCUUAUCUUUCUGACCCUACGGAAUU